AUGGAGCUGACAGACAACUAUCACUUCAUCAGUCCACAGCGCCUCUUGCAGUCCUCCUCCUCUUCCUCCUCCUCCUGCCCAGCUGAUGAAGCUCAGUCUCCGGCCUCCUUCCUCCACUCCUCCCCCCUCAGUCCCUCCUUCCCCCUGGACACCACGCCCGCUCUCAGCCCCUCUCACCGGGCCUUCCUCCUCCCCAGCCCAACCUCCUCCUCCUCCUCUUCCUCCUACAGCCCCCUCUGUGGAGUGCCGGAGCCCGACUCUCCAACAGGAUCUAGUUCCAGCGGAGGAAGCAUAGGAGGCAGCGCCGUGGUGUCUGAGGCCUCGGUGCGCUUUUUGGUGACUGAAUCGUUUUCAGCACAGGUGGACUCCAUCCUGAGGGGCGACUACCUGACACCCAUGGGUGCCGUGGGGCCCAAGAGGCUCUGCCUGGUGUGUGGCGACUUCGCCUCCGGGUAUCACUAUGGCGUGGCAUCCUGCGAGGCCUGCAAGGCUUUCUUCAAGAGGACCAUACAAGGCAACAUCGAGUACAGCUGUCCGGUGAUGAACGAGUGUGAGAUUACCAAGCGGAGGAGGAAAGCCUGUCAGGCCUGCCGCUUCCAGAAGUGUCUCCAGGCCGGCAUGAUGAGGGAGGGAGUUCGUAUGGACCGAGUGAGAGGAGGACGGAAGAAGUACAAGAGACGAGUGGAGAGCGGUCUGAGUUUCUACAGCAGAGCGCCGUACGGUCACAGCGCCAGCAGCCGAAACAAGGUGAUUUCCCACCUGCUGCUGACAGAGCCCGCCAGUCUGGCUGCCAAUCAGGACGAAUCGACCAAUGACAGCAGCCUGCGGACCCUGCUGACCCUCUGUGACCUGCUGAACCGGGAGCUGCUGGUUCUGAUCGGCUGGGCCAAACAGAUUCCAGGUUUCUCUGGGCUCUCAUUGGUCGACCAGAUGUCGCUGCUGCAGAGUGGUUGGAUGGAGGCGCUGCUGGUGGGCGUGGCCUGGAGGUCUCAAGGCGGGGUGGGGGAGGAGCUAGUGUUCGCCGGAAACCUGCGUCUGGACGAGGCUCAGUGUCGAGCCGCCGGAUUGGCCGAUCUGUACGAGGCGCUACGUCACCUGACGGGAAAAUACCAGGGGAUGAACCUGACCCCCGAGGAGGUGGUGACGCUGAAGGCCAUGGCCCUGGCCAACUCUGAUGCCGACCCGGUGGACUGUCCGGAUUCGGUGCAGAGGUUCCAGGACGGGCUCCACGAGGCCCUGCAGGAGUACGAGUCUUCCCGCAGGGAGCAGCACCGGACAGGCCGGCUGCUGAUGAGCCUCCCGCUGCUGCGGCAGACGGCCGACAGAGCCGUGGAGGCCUUCCUAAGGCUGCACCGCCACCGCCGCGUCCCCCUACACAAACUGUUGCUGGAGAUGCUUGACGCCAAGGCCUGA